GAGACAAGCAGCCGCGAGGUGUUAAGGACUUAGAGUUACUCCAAAGUUUUGUGUUGAUUACAAACAAAAGCUUCCAACAUUUCGCAGUGCACGUUAUGGAAAGUGAUGAUGAUGAUGACAACGAACGUCAGUUUCUGUCAGAAGUGCACAUGGCCUCCCUGGCUGAAGAUCUCGGUGUUAACCGAAGAGUUUCCAGAUUCUUCUUUCAAAUACCAAAGGCACUCAGACCAAACAUAGACUGUGAUGGGGGUAGUGUUGUUGAAGACCAGAAACGCGGCAUCUUGCAGGACGCUGUUCCCUCAAAAGAAAUACAAGAGAUACUACAGGGAUCAUCAUACAACGGAGAAGCAUGUAAAUAUGAUGACGAUGAAGAUGGAGACCCAGUGAUAAGCAGACAGUCAAUACAACAACAAAAGAGAGAUAACAGCAAUACUUAUGAUGCUGUCAUAACUCUAGAACAUGCUAUGACUACACCACUAAAAGAUGUUGGGCACCAGGUGUGGCUGGGUGCUUUGCUUUUAUGCGAUUUCAUGCUGUAUGCAUGGCAAUCCUUUCAUGAAGCCAUUGUGUUGGAUCUUGGAGCAGGCGUAGGGUUGACAAGUAUUGUUGCAGCAUACAUUGCCCAAACUGUCUUUUGCACAGACAAGGGAGACCCCCUGCUUAAGUUGGCCCAGCGUAACGUGGAAAGGAAUACAGACACAUUACCAGUGAAGGGAGAAGUUCGUGUUCGAGAAUUAGACUGGAAUACUCAGGCAUUUCCUUCUCCAGAAUAUAAUCAACGACAGACUAGGAGUGAGUUUCCAUUCAGGGCCCAGGAUUUACAAGUUUUGGAGAACUGUUCAGUCAUUCUGGCGGCUGAAGUCGUGUAUGAUGUAGAGUUGACUGACGUGUUCUUCCGAUUUCUGUACAGCAUUCUCAUCAGACCUCCGGCCAAAACGGCCUACUUGACAGUAGAGAAGAGGCAGGUGUUCAGCAUAGCUGACCUGGACAUCGUGAGCCCCGCCUACGAGCAGUUCCGGGAGAACCUUGCGGACCUGGCGAGCGUGGACCAAGGACCCGUACGCUUUGUGUGCACACAGGUGGACACCAACUUCCCACAGUUUUUUCAGUACCAGCGUGUAAAGGAACUGGAGUUAUGGAAAGUGGAAGUUGCGUUUACAAACAGCUGACAGCCGCUGACCUAAUGCACUAACAUGUUUUCACAUGCUGGUUAUCGGGAUCACCUACGAGUUUGUUCCUUUGUGUUCCUAUUAAGGUGAAAUAAGGCAUUGAAAAAGAGACAGUCGUUGGUAAAAGUGUUCCUGGAAAUCAUUGGUGGACGUCGCCCAAUCUUUUCGUCUUCAUAAGUUUUUUCCCUUGUCAUAGAGACAUAGACAAAAAGACACUGCCAACGCUGAAGUGAUUAUCUCUCUUGGAUAAAUGGUGUGAUUGAACUUUUAACACAACAGUUUCAAUGGUUUAUACACAUGUUUGAGUGUUUGCAAUAAUAAUAAAAUUAUUACCCUUUUAA